UUUCCCAAAGUUGUUGAAACCAGAUACGUUUACAAUUCUGAGUGUAAAUCAAAGUGCUGAGUAAGCUUGCGUGAUGCAAGGUUGUUUUCGGCAACCUUUCUUGAGCAAGAGAGGCAGAGCAAGGAAGUCCCCUUUCACCCUUUAGCUGUAGUAAAGUCCUUUCCUUCCUUUAAAAGGGAGCGGGACAAGACAGAGGCAGAAGCAAGAGUCAACCAUGGCCAACAAAAAGAGUGCUAUUGCUCAAUAUUUUGAGGAAUUUUUUGCUUCCAGUAAAGAGAAGGAGAAUGAUGAAUUGCUGAUUACUUUCAAAGGCGUUCUGUAUCCCGGACGUCUUUGUAGUUCUGAGACUUUAGAGGUGCUGGAAGCCAUAGAAGCCAGAAAGGAUGAUGUGCUCCUAGUUGUUUAUCCAAAAUGUGGUACUAACUGGGUGUUACAUAUUCUGAAUGAAAUGGUCGCUGCUCUUCCAGAGAACAAAGAUUUACCACCACCCAGCCGCUUCCAAAUGCUUGAAUUUGGACCCCCAGAAAAAGUUCAGAACCUGAAAAACCAGCCUUCACCACGUGUUUUUGCUACUCAUCUAUUUUAUGAUAACAUUCCCAAGUCUUUCUUUGAGAAAAAGACAAAGAUAUUGGUAGUAUUUCGAAAUCCCAAAGACGCAGCUGUAUCCUACUUCCAUUUCUACAACAAGAAUCCUGUGCUUCCAAAUAUCACUUCAUGGGAUGAAUUCUUUCAAAAGUUCAUGAGUGGUGAAGUUUGUUUCAAGUCCUAUUUUGACCAUGCUCUUGUUUGGGACAAGCAUAUAGAUGAUGAAAAUAUCAAGAUCAUCACAUUUGAAGACAUGAAAGAAAACCUUUAUGAAGGAGUGAAACAAAUAGCUGAGUUUUAUGAGUUUUCCUUGCCUGAUGAGACAAUUCAGUCUAUUGCAGACAAAGCUACAUUUCAAGAAAUGAGCAACAAAUCCAGUGAAACCCAUGGUUCAUUGGCUCCCAUCCUUUUCAGGAAAGGUGCAGUGGGUGACUGGAAGACCUUGUUCAAUGAAGCUCAGAGCAAGGAAAUGGAUGCAAAAUUUGAAGAGUGUUUAGCAGGGACUAAACUGGGUGCUAUGCUAAAAUAUGACAAACACUGCACAUUUUAAAUUUUGCGACAUCAGCAGUGCCAUUCUGAGGAUGUAAGUCUGCUCAGAGUGGCCCUGCAAAAGCAUGGUAUCAUGCUUAUUAGUUAUCCAUUUUCUAAAUGAGAAUACAGUAAUUAAAGUGGUAUAGAUGUCUACUCACAGAAAACUUAACAGAAAGAGACACUUUUUUGUUUGUUUCAAAGUAAGGAGCCCAAAUUACUAAUACUUUAAAUUGGAGGAAUGUAGAGGUUCACAUAUAUGUGUCAUGAAAGAAUUCUGGAGCAGUGUUUUCUGGAUUUUGUUCUUUGUGUGUUCUGGGAUUUCCAGUUCCAGUCUGAGCAAGUGGAUGCUCUGAGGCUGUGCUCCAUUUGGGGCAAUUUUAUUUAUUUUACUAAUUUUAUCUUAUCUUGUAUGUCUGUGCCCUGCUGUAAAGAUACAAAACUAAUUUUAACCUCUACAAAUCCCACUUUUCUAUUUUGUUGUACCUUCUGUUGACUAGUUGAAAUAAUUUAGAGAAUCUAUUCUUGGGUUCAUGUUUAUCUGUACAAGCUCUACGACACCUAAAUUGCUGCACUUACACAUACACAAUCACAUAAG